AUGGAAGGAGGAAGAACUGAACUGGAGUUUGAUGAAUUUGAGAAGCUCCUUGGUGAGAUACCGAAUGCUACUUCACAUUCUGAGGAAUCCGCCACCAAGAGUGUGCCCUUGAAUGGAACCAUGUCUCCCAUUUGUGUCAACUCCUCUUACAAAGGAGGGCCUCUGAGUAAAAAACUCCAUCACAAUAAUGGGAGGCUUGAUGAGGGAAAGAACUCGGUGAAGAAAAUUCAAAAAUCGCCUGCAAAACGGGUUCAACCAGCAGAGGUAUCAAAUCUGCCUGAUGACCAUUCCUUAACAUCUGCAUUUGCAGGACUGAGCUUUGAUGAUGGCCAAAUCCCAAACUCCUUCAAGCCACAGCUUCCGAAUAUGGAUACUCUUAUGGUUGUUCCACCUUUCCAAGCAGCAACCGGCAUACCUUGUGGUUUUUAUGAGUUUGAUGUGACAAACAUUGGCCAAGAAAGUUCAAACAUGUCAAAAUAUUCAGAAGAGCUUAAAAAACCUCAAGUUCCUAUGGAAAAAUUGUCAGCAGCUGUUCCUCUAGCUCAUGCUGUACAAGGUUUUCAGUUCCUCUCCAAUGUGCAUGCUCCUGGUUUGCAGAUUCCUCUAACAUCUGAACAACAGCAAUUCUUUUUGGAUGCACAAACUCGUUUUCCAUACCUACAUUCACAACAACAUCAACUUAGUUGGAGGAAUAUCCAAGAGGAACAAUAUUUUAGGAUGCAGCAGCGGUAUGUGUACUUGCAGCAGCUUCAUGAUCAGCGGUUGGAAGCUCCAAACAUGCUUCAAGACAGUGGCAACAUUGGCAGUAGACUAACUUGUCCGAACCCUAGGCACCCCAAUUUUGAGGUGCCAAUUUCUCACCAACUGGAGCAAUCUAAUCAAGAAAGAGUUUGGAACAAUUAUGUGAUUCCCAGGGGCCCAAACCAAUCAAGUCCUGCACUGUCCUACACAGAUUUUAACAGGAUUCAUGCUCUUGACAAAGUGGGAAAACAGAAUGUUCCUGAAAAGAUUCUAACAAGAUCACAUGGAAUGAACACAAUCAAAGCUGUGAAAUUUGGUGCUGUUGGAGCAGCGGAUGAAUCACUUGGUCAUGUUAGUCCUAAUGGAAAAGUUGUCUCAAAUGGUCAUCUCCGGCAUAACUUAUCUACCCCAAAUGCUGGAAACUUUCCAUUGGAUAAUGUGAGCACAUGGGGUAUGUUCCCUGGUAUAAUGCAUCUUAAGAGUACAGAUUUGAAGGCAUUGCCUCAGAAGUAUAAUGAUACAAAGGCAUUGCCUCAGAAAUAUAGCUCAAUGGAUGAAAUAAGUGGCAGAGUUUAUCUCAUGGCUAAGGAUCAACAUGGCUGCCGGUUCUUACAAAGAAAAUUUUCUGAAGGAGCACGAAAAGAUGUUGAGAAUAUAUUUGUCGAAAUCAUAGAUCACAUUGUUGAGCUGAUGACAGAUCCUUUUGGGAAUUACCUCAUCCAGAAGCUUCUUGAAGUGUGUGAUGAUGAGCAGCAAAUGCAAAUUCUUCAUUCAAUCACAAAAAAGUCUGGAGAACUUGUUAAUAUUUCCUGUGAUAUGCAUGGGACAAGGGCAGUUCAAAAGGUUAUUGAAACCCUCAAAACUCCAGAGCAGUUUUCCAUGAUUGUUUCCUCACUGAAGCCUGGGAUUGUGAAUUUGAUCAAGAACACAAAUGGCAACCACGUUGCGCAACGCUGCUUGCAGUAUUUAACACCUGAAUAUCGUGAGUUUCUUUUCGAAGCUGCAACUAGUAAUUGUAUUGAGCUUGCAACCGACCGUCAUGGCUGUUGUGUGCUUCAGAAAUGUCUUAGUCAUUCUGAUGGUGAGCAAAGAGACCGGUUGAUCUGCAAGAUCACUUCCAAUGCACUAAUCCUUUCCCAAGAUCCAUUUGGGAACUAUGUUGUGCAAUUCGUCUUUGAGCUUCAGCUUCCAUGGGCGACAGUAGACAUUCUUGAGCAGUUGGAGGGUAAUUAUAGGGAUUUGUCUGUGCAGAAGUAUAGCAGUAAUGUGGUUGAAAAAAGCCUGAAAUACGCAGGUGAAGAGCGUCGCACUCGCAUCAUUCAGGAACUGAUAGAGAACAUGCGCUUGGAUCAAAUCAUGCAAGACCCUUAUGGCAAUUAUGUUAUCCAAGCAGCACUCAGUCAAUCAAAGGGAAGCCUUCAUUCUAAACUGGUAGAAGCAAUAAAACCUCAUGUGCCUGUUCUCCGGAGCAGUCCUUAUGGGAAGAAAAUCCUCUCUACCAAUGUUUUGAAGAAAUAAUCUUAUUGUUUUAUUGGUUUAAUUGUUCAAGAAAAUUCAUUCAUGUAAAAUGUGUAAUAAGCAGGUGAACACAUUACUUUCAUGGUUUUGGUAAUGCCUUCAACUAGCUACCCAUCAAAACAAAUGGGAAUUAGUAACAGAUCUUCCUGUUUUCUCUAAACCAGGUUUUGACUACGUCAG